AUUUCGCUGUCAUUGCCAAACUGUUUGCACUGGAACAGAGCAUGUGGGCAGUUAGUUAAAAUGCUUUACAUGGCCUUUAAAUCUCACCGGAGACACAAAAUAGGCCUACACCUUGUACAAAAGACUGCAUACGUAUUACUUGGUUUCUAACGACAUUUUUGGGCCUUCGGCCCGAAACGAUGUUUAUCCAUUGCGUGUCUAAAAGUCUCUCGGAAUGGCUGUGUACGGCAUGUUGUUCCAGAGAGUGGGUGUAUUUGUGUUUAAUGCUGAUGUAGCUGUUGCCAGAUCCAGCAGGAUGCUUAGGAGGAAUUCUCAUCAACAGCACAGGGGUGGUCUCGUUGGCCUGUCCUCAGUACUAUCAUGGAGCUAUGCUUUUCACAGCUUCGUUGAUUUCCGUAAAUGUACCCCACCCAAUGUCACGUGCACAAAACUAAACGCACGCACACAAAAACACGCACACAACUAUGCCAAAGAAGCUGGAUCGACUCAAAUCACAAUUUUUCUUCAGUUCAGUGUUUCUCACGUGUGUGUGCGUGUGUGUGUGCGUGUGUGCGUGUGCGUGUGCGCGUGCGUGUGCGUGUGCGUGUGUGUCUUUAAGGGCCCAGCUGGGAAUGUCUACUACUUGGAUUUAGACGUGUUGGAGACCAGGUGUUACAUUAGGAAUCCCAAACCUUGGAAACACUGCACUGUUAGGCCCUUCAUGGAAACACGAAUCUCAGGGAACUGCAACACCACGGUUCUCCACACGCCAGAGGGCUUCUCCUAUCUCUACAGCUACGACUGCACUCUGGUUCCAGACCCUCCAGAGAAGCUUCUCCAGACGUGCCCAGACUGUCCCCUGCUGCUGCCCGUGGACAGCCCCCAGGCCCAGGCAGCUGCCAAGAUGACGUUGGCCAGACACAACUCCCAGAGCACCCUCCCCUCCCCGCUGGCUCUGCUCAGUGUGACCCGCGCUGCCGCAAAGAAUGCACCUGUGCCGGCUACCUUUGUGGAAUAUACGGUGGUGGCGUGCCCUGAGGGGCACAUGCACUUGGGAGGGGACACGUGUGUGCCAACCUCCACGGACCACGAGCCGACAGGCUUCUGUACGGGCUCUGUGUACGGACAUCUGAAGGGCCAAGCUGACGUCCAGACUUCCUGUGAAACAUUCAAAGCACAGGUGGGUGAUGUUGCAAGACCUAUCCAACCACAGGUUCACAGUGUCAUCCCCGUCCAACCUGCACGGCGGCCCUAUCCAUCUAAACCCAAACCAGCCGCCCCUACCAUCCCUUUUCUUCCCACCCCAGUCCCCCAUGUCCCCUUUGACCCAUACCCGGCACCCCCUGCCCCAGAGACACCCGCCCGUUUAAAGCCCUCGCUCGUGGCCAACCCUGACCCCGUUAACCCCAGCCGUCCCUUGGCCUCCUCUGAAUCCUCCGAAUCCUCUGAAUCCUCCGAAUCCUCAGAGUCUGUGGCGCCAGAAUCCUCCGAGGAGCUAGGUGGCGCUGUUGUUUAUCGACCCUUCAACUUCCGCUACCAGCCCCGGCGUAGGAGACGCCAGGCUCUUGUGACGUCCAAACCACCCCACACCCCGGUGUUCCUGUCCCUGUUCCCCGCUGGCCCCUCCCCCUUCCGCUCCUGCCCCGGCCCCUCCCGUUACACCACAGUCUAACUACCCCCCCCCCUGAGGGUGUAGUCAAGGUUGGUUAACUAGUCUGGAAGCUGGCUGCGUAUGUUUGUUUGAUAAAUCCAUAUCAUGUCUAUUUUGAUGUUGGCUUGAUCCCCGAUGAAGGGGCUACUUACUUUAGGGAGCAAAUAUACUGACCUGAUGUAAACAGCGCUUGAAUA